GAAGCCGGACCUCUGAAUAUAGAUCAGCUGUGACUUGUCGUUGGAACUCUGAACAGUGCUGUGAUGUUUUGUUCGACGUAAACAUUGUCAACCUAAAUCUGUUUUGCGUACGAAAUCAUUAAUUUAAUAUUUUUUAUCCCUUUGUGGUUAUUUAAAGGAAGCAAGACUUAAGAAUACACCCAAUGGUGAAAAGAGAAAACACCUACGAGACUCGCCUUCGUUGGAACGGCCUGGGAUCCCUCCAUCAGACAUACAAGUGGUUACACAUGACUCAAGAUUUGCAUGAUCACCUCAUCGUCUUGGAAGGCAGUGAAUGUAGAAAUAACAAGGCUCACGGAGAACUGUAAUGCUAGUUAUAAGUGCUUCUCCUUUAUAGUUCUCAGUUACGUGCCUAGAAUAGCUAAGCUUUAUGUUGUUGAUUUCACAGGCAAAUUUGUUUGUUAAAUCUUUAUUGAAUAACGCGUGUUGAUUCUUCUGCUGUAAACCUAAAUAAUCUAACACCAUUCUGCAUCACUGACAGCUUACAGCAUAUUGUUUGAUUUUCAACCUCAAAACUUUUUAUCCGAUUUUUGAUUGAUUUGAAAAACGCACCAAGUUUUGAGUUCAAGUUACGCUUGCAGUUAUUGAAAUAACAUAUCAGCCAUAUAAAGAAAUCCACGAUGAUGUCCCUUAAGAAGAUUACAAAUCAUAUGUCCUCUUACUAUGGGCCACUGGCUUCUUUGGCAACACCUGGUGGCGGUAUUGCCGCAGUAGGAGCCAUAGGACCAGGUAUCUUGCGUUGUGCAAGCAGCGAAGGAUCUCGAAAUGAUAACUUCAAGUCUGCUAAGUCCGAUAAACCAGUCAAGCGGGUCGUUUUCAUCUCCCAGUCAUCGAAUGUCUUCUCGAAUCUGGCUUUUGAGGAUUGGUUGUACAAAAAUUGGUCUUUUGAAAAGAGGAAUGUUCUGUUUCUUUGGCGGAAUAACCCAUGUGUGGUAAUCGGCAAGCAUCAGAAUCCUUAUGUGGAAGCUAAUCUUAGGUAUUUGGAGAGUGCUGGUGUUCCUGUAGCCAGGCGCAACAGCGGUGGAGGAACCGUCUACCAUGAUGAAGGCAACCUCAACUGUACAUUCUUCACCAACAAGGCCAGGUACAACAGGAAGGAAAAUUUGGGGGUCAUCUGCCAGGCUCUCCAGGAAGACUUCAACAUCCGCGCCAACGCCACCCACCGUGAUGACAUCAUUGUUGGCCAGGACUUUAAGGUGUCUGGAUCAGCGGCAAAGUUGGGUCGUGAAUCAGCAUAUCAUCACUGUACCCUGCUGGUAGGAACAGACAAACAUCAACUGAAGCUGGCCCUCCAGGGAGAUAAGAGCAUACAAAGUAAAGCAACAUUCAGUGUACCAUCACUAGUGAUGAAUCUUAAAGAUGCCAAUCAAGAUAUAACAGUAGAACAGCUCAUUACCAGCAUAGGGCGCAAGUACCUAGAAUCUUCUGUAGUGGGGAAUGAGGCUUCCUCACAGCAGAUGAUUCAGCUAUCCAAUGGUUACACUCUGAUUAAUCCGACUGAUGACUGGUUCCCAG